AUGAAAGAUGGCGGCGCAUGACGUCUAGGGCGAGUUUCCCCUUCCCCCCUGUUGUUCUGCUCUAUUCUGUUCCUAUAAUUAUAUACGUUGACCUUCUUGUCUAUCUUUUCCCCUAUCCCUCCCGGUGCAACAUCCCUGCGCUUGCACUAUGGAACUCGUGUUUUACGACUAGCGAUCGAUUUUAGCUUAGGUGUCGCAGUGAAACAUUGUCCGGUUUUCCAUCAUGGCGCGUGUACCGGUGAUCGGAAGAUUGUUCUGGUUCGAGUACUUGGCUCUCUUCGCCUCGAUAAUUCUGGUCCUGCUGGAAUAUUUUAUACAUGUCAUAACCUUCUGUCUUCCGGACACGAUAAUCACGUUCUGUUACGAUCGGUCCAAAACGAUAUUCAAUCUUUUCAUCAGCCCGGAGAAUGUGGGCAACCGCGGCAAGGAAGAGCGACAGGCCAUGGCGGUUGCACAAGCGUCGGACUUUGUCGACAUCUGUUCCUUGUUCGGGUACGAGCCUGAAGAGCACAUCGUUCAGACAGGCGAUGGCUAUCUUCUCGGUCUCCACCGGCUGGCCUAUCGGAAAGGGGAGGAGGGCGUGCGCGUCAACCAGGGGAAGGACGGUGUGAAAAAGAAAGUGGUCUACUUGCAUCACGGACUGCUCAUGUGCAGCGAGGUCUGGGUCUGCUUGACGGAGGAGCAGCGAUGCCUGCCCUUCCAAUUGGUAGAAAGGGGAUAUGACGUGUGGCUGGGGAACAAUCGCGGCAAUAAAUAUUCGAAGAAGUCCGUCAAACACUCUCCUCUGUCUAACGAAUUCUGGGACUUCUCGAUCGAUCAGUUUGCCUUCCACGACAUCCCCGACAGCAUUAACUACAUCCUGGAGGUGACGGGGCAGCCUUCUCUGUCAUAUGUGGGGUUCUCGCAAGGCACGGCUCAAGCGUUCGCGACUCUCUCGAUCCACCCGACGCUGAAUGACAAGAUUGAUGUGUUUGUGGCUCUGGCGCCGGCCAUGGCGCCGACGGGCUUGCCGAACCCGCUCGUCGAUUCGCUCAUGAAGGCCUCGCCGAACUUUCUGUUUCUCCUGUUUGGGCGCCGCAGUAUCCUUAGCUCGACGACUAUGUGGCAGACGAUUUUCUAUCCCCCCAUCUACGUCCGCAUCAUCGACACUUGCGUCUCCAUGCUCUUCAAUUGGAAGUGCAACAACAUCAGCCGCUGGCAAAAGCUGGCGGGGUACCUGCAUCUGUUCUCCUUCACUAGCACCAAAUCCGUGGUUCAUUGGUUCCAGAUCAUCCGGCACAAGAACUUCCAGUUCUACGACGACGAGAUCCACGCGCCCUUCAGCGUCGUGGCCAGCGAGCGAUUCUACAAGCCGGUCAAAUACCCCACGAAGAACAUCAAGACGCCGAUUGUGCUGCUGUACGGCGGCAGCGACAGUCUCGUCGAUAUCAACGUGAUGCUGAAGGAGCUGCCGCGCGGGACCGUGGCGAAAAAGAUUGCCAAAUACGAGCAUCUGGAUUUCCUGUGGGCGUCGGACGUGGAUCAGCUAGUGUUCAGUCAUGUCUUUGAGGCGCUGGAACUGUACGACCCGAAUAAACCCGCCAGCGACGCAGCAAAGGUGGAGCAGAUGAACGGCCACAUCGAACACGCAAUUGCGGCCUGAACGCGCUGGCGUGGGUAGCAAGGGGGUGGGAGGGAAGUUGGAGUCUUCGCGCGCGCACAAAGUACAUACAUAACGUCGUCCUGUAGAGAAGAACAAAGUUCGAUGACGACGCCGUUGCGCCAAGUAUUGAUGCAUCCUGUCUGUCUGUCUGUCUGUCUGUUUGAUCUGAAGCCUCCCGACUGUCGCUUGUCACCAGUUGUACAGCUAUCUAUCCCUCGCAGGGCUCGUACAUAAUCUAGUCUAGUCUAGUAGGUAAUGUAAACGAAUAAUUUCCUCAUGAUGGGUUGAUAUCAUCAAGCCAGACAGAUCCAGGAGGGGCUAUGACGUGCCCAGGGGAAAACAAUCCCGAAGAUGUA